AUGCCACGACGACGCGCAAGCAAGGCCUGCCUCCACUGCCGCCAGAGAAAAGUCCGCUGCGAUGUGACGCUUCGGGGCGUUCCCUGCUUGAAUUGCCAGCUCGACCACCAGUCCUGUGCAGUUCAGGAGCGAAAGUCGAAACGAACGCUGUCAAACUCAAAAAGCUCUUUUCACAAACAGGGCGGUUCGAUAAUUGAGGGCUUAUCGACGGGAAGGAUGAAUGACAACCCAUCUGGCAUAGACAGCAUUGAUCAGUGGGCCAAGAGACUGAGUGCUCUCACGCCAGUGAGCUUGAGAGGUUCGCCAGUCGCCACUUUCAAUGCUUCACACCAGGAUGCGAACUCGUCUGAAAGCCAGUGUAUCAACCUCGAAGGCUUCUCGCCCAGGACAGCAUUCACAAUCUCAAAACUACACACUAGUAGCCUAAAGGCGGAGAAGUCGAGUGCUUGCGAUACAUUCGCAGAUCAAUCAACAGCCGCGGUAUACAACAACUUUGAGAGUCUACCCUUCAUCAGACCGCCCGACCUGGCACAUGUAUCAGCACUGGAUAUCCGCUUCAUGCAGCUGAAUGGAUGCUUCGACCUCCCUCCUAUGCCCAUUCUCAAUGAGUUCGUUCGAAUAUACUUUCUCCACGUGCACCCUAUCAUACCACUCUUUGACGAGGGAGAGUUUUGGGAUUCCUACUCAUGUACCAACGAGAAAAGGAUCUCACUACUUGUGUUUCAGGCGAUAAUAUUCGCCGCCUGUGCUAUUCUCUACGACUUCGAGAUCGAAUGCGAUCCCAUUUCCCUGGGCCAGGCCGCGUUAUUAUUCACAUUCUGGCCUGGGUCACUAAGACCGGGACCGUCUAAGCAGAACAGCCAAUGGCUGAGCAAAGCGAUUGGACACGCGAAAUCCCUUCGAGCUCAUCAUCUGACAUCGAACACGGGUCGAGACAAGUUGCCAGACAUUCCGCCGCGGACGAGGAUAUCGCUCAGACGCCUGUGGUGGUGCUGUUAUAUUCGCGACCGAAUCAUUGCCUUGGGCCUCCGUAGGACGCUACGAAUUCCUGAAAAAUACCCAACGCUCGAUAUCGAAGACUUUGAGGAUGAGAUCCAUCGCUCCCGCGUCUACAAGGCAGAAUCGAAGCGGUGCUUCUUUGACAUAUUCAUGCGAAUCUCAAAGCUAUGCGUCGUGGUCACGGACUUGUUAAGAUUGUGCUCGGUUUCAGAACACGGCCUCGAAUGCGAGACGAAUAUAACCGUCACCGACAGGCAAGAAGCUGUGGCGAGCUGCACCGCCCAGCUGCAGGAGUGGUAUGACAGUGCUCGGCAGCAGUUCCCGGACGACGCAGAACAGCCGGGAAUCCGGCCACAUUUUGUCAUCAUACAGACCAACCUCAUGUUCACGUAUUAUUUCGCUGCGAAGUUGGCCAUCUUCCACCAGGAGAUAUUCUAUGCGGUUCGCGACUCGGAAAACGCAAACGGAGAGGGGCCAUAUCCGGCGUUGGCCGAUAAAAGCGACCAAGUUCGUGAUGCUGUCGACAAUGUGAUCAAACAUCUCGCGAACCCCGUGCGGCUCGGGCUCGCUCAAUAUCUACCUAUCAGCGUAGUUGCAUUCGUUGCUAUGCCCCUCAUGAUGCAAAUCAUCAACGCCAAAAUCAUGGCUCGAGGCGUUGCAAACGCGCGAGCAGAGGUGCAUCGGCAGCAGCUCCAUUCCUUGAUCAGUCUGAUCAAGCAGUGCCAUCCGCGGCUCGACGGCAUUGAUGCGGUUUGUGUGACAAUUCGACGACUGACGGAUCUGGCCCAGGCGCGCUUCAUGUCGGGAAACGCUUCCCAGAUCACGGAAUGUUUGGAUCUCAUCGAUCGCAAGCCGCUCGAAUAUCUGCGAUUAUUCCUGAACCUGGACUUGAAUCUGAGUAACGCGACGAUGCUGGACAAUAUCGAGUUCCUCGAAUUAAGGGAGGAACUGCUGCGAAUCAAUAAAUACUCGUCAGAAGCUGAUGCUCAACAAAGCCCAUCUGCGACUGAAGGAACGAAGGCGUCUUCGACGCCAACAGGUCCAGAUGCAUGCGAUAGAGAUCUUCCAGAGGCCAAAGCCGACGCACCAGGUGACAUCGAUGACUCGUUUUUAGACAUCGACCAGCUAUUAGGCGGAGAUGGACUACUAGAAGCCGACCCGGCUUUCAUGGCUCUAGAACCUCAUUUUAUGAUGAACCAACAGAUGGAAUGGGAAAUGGAUGCCUGGCUGUUGGGAGAAACCUAG